UCAAAUAAAAAAAUAUUUUAUUAAUGUAAACUUAUAUGUUUUGUUAAACGAUCAAUUUGGAAGCAGCAACGAGUCCAGAAAAAUCCAAAUUUAUAGUUGAUUGAAAAAGAUUUUUUCCUAUUUAUCGUUUUGCCAUGCUGCACAAGUAUCGUAAGAGGUUUUAUGGUAGUAUUACCUUUCCCGCUGAAGAUUUUGUAAAUGAAGUAAUUACUGGAGCUCUAAAUAAACUCGCGAGGGACAGACAUCGAUAUUUCAUGUACAAGCGUCCAUUUAUAAUACCAGAGAAGAGUAGUUCAUCGCUAGAAGAAAGCUGUGAGAAGGAUCAAUCUGAAAUGCAGAAUAUAGAUUUAUAUGGUGAACGGGUUCAAUGGGUUUCAAUUGAAGACUUUUCAUAUCUGAAGGCUGUGAGAAAUAUACGUGACUUUAUUGAUUUAUGGCAUUUACCACGUCAAAUAAAGUACUCACUUCUCAAUGAAAAUAGAUUUGAAGAUAUUGCUGAAUUGGGCUCAAAUUUCUUUGUAAAAGCAAUGUUCUCAGUACCAACAAAAAAGAAUCCAAAUCCGGUAACUGUUGCUUAUGUUAGGUUUCGUAUACAUGUAUCAGCGCAAAUGCCCAUGGAUUAUCCCAUAAUGGUUAGUUAUUUGUUUGAUGGCUUUAAAACAGUGUUCUAUGCACUUGGUGAGUAUCGAAUGCUUGGCUCAUUUCCAAAAUACUUUAUUUUGAAUAUAUUGAGACUUAAAUUUCAAUGGUAUGAUAAUGCUUUUAAAUGGCGAACUGCAGAAGAAAGAAGACUUGCUCUUAUAGAACCAGAAACCCCUGACGAUGAGAAUGCAGUGUCAACCGUUCCCACGUUUUCAUGCAGAAAGAUGUGCGAAAUUCAAGAGGACUUGAGCGACACAAGUUUAAAGUGCCGCUCAUCUCCACAAUCUAGUAAGCCAAAACCCAAACCUAUAAUUGGAAUUAAAAUUAUCAGAUUAGGUGUUUAAAUGAAGGCGUGUGUUUUAUAUUUUGAAAUGCUGUUUGCUUUAAUAAAAAGUAA